UUUGCAGACCACCAUAUUCAAUUUCAAGGUACCACCGUACAACUUGGAGAAAGUCAAACUAUGUUCAAAGCAUAGCACAAGAAAUCGCGUUACUGUUAGAAAGAGGACGUUCGCAGCACUGAAUAAAAAACUUGCUGACUGAAAUCCAUGGAGUUCACAUCUCUAGGCUAGGUUAUUCGUUUUGAGGGAAUGUAGUCAUUCUUGACGUCGCACUACACACUGUACAACAAUGGAGAAAUUCAGCAGAGGUCAUCAAAACAUUGCCCAUUGUCGUACCAGCUGAUCUUUCUGAUGUGUUGAAAGGCAUGAGAAGCAAAAAGGGAAGUAAAAAACCGGUUUCGUGUGACAUUUUUACUACAGUUUGCGAAACAUGCGCCACGCGCAAAGGAUAAUAUGAUAUAUCAUCGGUCCAGUUUGGUGGAUUAAGUGGAUCAAUAAGGAAGUAUAUCGGCACUGCAAAAAGAUGAUGCUGGGUUCCUUCUUGGAGGCAAUAAUGAGACUGAAGUUUUUCGUUUAACGUCAGGAAGUGGUCAGUUAUACAGGGCUGCUGUUGGAAACCUUUGGAGAAGCCCAAAAGCGUCUCUAUCGGCAUUACGUGACGCCAAACGAGACUAGAAAACUUGCGAGAAUCCGCGUGAGGCGAGACUAACAACAAAGGAGAAACUGUAUGCGGCCGGAACACGGAAAACUAUGGGAAUAGGAAUACGUGCUGUUGAGGAAAAGAUUGUAAUUCUACGGAACGUUAGAGAAAAAAACCCUGAAGAACAGUCAUUGAUCAGUUUGGUCGACUCUCAUUUGUUGCCACGCCGCUCUCGCUUGAUAAAAAAGAGGUUAAAUUGAUACAUACAUAAUAAAGACAUCAAUAAUUUGUACCUCUUUUGAUAUUCUAUUCUUGGUUUCUUUUGUUUGAUUACCAGGUGUGACAGAUGACUCAAGGGCGCAACACAGUGUUUGUAGUGGGCGUGGUCGCCGGAAUUUGCUGUUUGAUUUUACUUGUCUUUGUAUCAGAAACGAUUCCACCAAUCCGAAUGCUGAAUCCAACACCACAAAAACAAUAUUAUAAUGGGACCAAACCUAAAGUCAUUUUAUUUUGGACUAAAUUUUUCGGAUUAAAUCACUGGGGGUUUGACCCAUUGGGAACUGUGCCGUUCGAACGUUUAAAAGACUGUCCAGUAGUUUGCGAAAUGACGGAUCAAAGAUCUCGCUUAAAAGAGGCUGAUGUCAUUGCGUUCCAUGCUUUAGAAUUGGGAGACAGGCCCCAGUUUAAACUUCCAAACCAGAGGUGGCUUCUGAAUAUGAUGGAAAGCCCUUGCUAUUAUGGUUUGAAACACCUAAAAAAUUGGAAAGGAGUUUUUAACUGGACGAUGACGUAUAGGGCAGAUUCUGAUUUUAUAGCAAAUUAUAGUGAGGUGAAACCAAUAACAACACCAAGGAAAAGAAACUAUUCCGCUAUUAUGAGUCUAAAAAGUAAGAAGGUGGCUUGGUUUGUAAGUAAUUGUAACACUCCAGGAAAGAGAGAGAAGUAUGUGAAGGAACUACAACGAUACAUACCUGUAGACAUAUAUGGCGCCUGCGGUCCAAUGAAGUGCCCCGCCCAUACGCCAUGUGAAAAACAUAUCUAUGAAACUUAUAAAUUCUAUCUCUCAUUUGAGAAUAGUCUGGCGAAUUAUUACAUCACAGAGAAGUUUUUUAAGACUCUAAAACACGACAUUGUAAGUGUUGUCCGAAGUGGGGCCAACUACUCAUUUUAUGGUAUAAAACCUGACUGGUUUAUAGACGCAAGGAAGUUCAAAACACCGAAGGAUCUUGCUAAUUUUUUAAUAGAAAUAGACAAAGAUGAUAGCAGAUACGUCCGAUAUUUGCGCAGUAAGGAGAACGUCACGUCCGUCGACGAAUAUUAUGAAUGGUGCAAUGUCUGUAAGAGAAUUAAUGAUGUUAACGAUCCGAAGACAUGUUAUGAUGAUAUUCUACAAUGGUGGCGACAGAAUCCAUGUAUCCCCCCGUAGGUCUUGUGCUUUUUUCCCUAAAUUUUCUACUUAUAGCUAUAUGCAAGUACGUACGCAGUAUAUGCAUGAAGGCAAAUGCCAUACGUGUUACUUUACCAGUCCUUAUUGGAACAAAAUAGAAGGGUGGAGUCUGACUAUUAUUGUACGCCUUAGAAGCGUUCCAUGCAGGCCAAAAACGCAAAGUUGCCUAGAUUUAAUCUGCUGUUCGAGUUAAUCAGUUUUAGUCGAGCCCUUUUGUUAAACGGGACUCUAAAGCUUAAAAGUUAGGCUUAGUUAACUUCAAUACCAGAUUUUUAAUUUUAUUUUUAUACAAGAUAAUUGUGCCAUUGUAGUCGAGCCCUUUCGUUAAACGGGGCUCUAAAGCUUAAAAGUUAGGCUUAGUUAACUUAAAUACCAGAUUUUUUAUUUUAUAUUUAUUCAAGAUAAUUGUGCCAUUGUAUACAGUAAUCACCAUUUUAGAACAUUAGAUAAAAUUUACUUUUUUAAGGACGUGCCUUUAUCCUUGAAUCAAAUACUUAAUUAUAUAUAUUUUUUAUUUUAUUGUUUGUGCAUUUUAAUUUAAUUAGCAUAAAUUACACACACACACACACACACACACACACACACACACACACUAGUACAUGUAGAACAUCAGGCAGCAGAAUUAAGACGGCAUCAGUGAGGUAUAUUGUGGAUUUAGCUGAGAAACUUUCGUAUUCGCAUAACAAAUCGUUUUGCUUUGCAUUUAGUUUUUUACCAGCCACGUUCAUUAUUUCAAUUUCAUCGCAGAUCUUAAAAAUGUAUUUUGAAAUCUCUUUUAGAAGAUAGCAGAUUUCAGUUUUGUUAUUAUAGAACAGUCAACCUUAAGUUGCAUUAUUGUUAUUUUUAUAUAUAUUAUUUGUAUUUUCAUUAUUAUUGUAAGUGAAAUUUAUAAGCGAAAAGACUUCAAA